AUGAUCCGUAAGACGGGCACCUUCAGUGCACCAGAUCCAGAGGUAUAUGAUUGGAGUAUUCUUGAGUCAAGGAUGAUGCAGGCUUAUGGGUACUUUAUCUGGUUUGCAGCCCAACGAGUUAAACCAUACACUGGAGUCUUGUGUAUGAUCACAGCAAGUCAAUGGCUUACCCUGGAAUUUGCCUCCAAGUUACGGGCAUGGUUAUUUGAUAAUUGUCUUAUGGAUGAGUUCUACCAGUUUGAACCAUUCAAGGUGUUUUCUAAGGUUCAAACAGACUCUUUGAUUUUCAAGGUUCGAGCUUUGAAUCUGCCGCACACAGAUGCUAUGGCCAGAGAGAAGGCUCUGCAAGCACACACAACAGUAUUUCUCCGACAUACGGAUCACCAUAAGCCAUUGAAUGGUAUCCUCCAAGACUAUAUGGAUUUUAGUCCUUCAAGCAGCACUAAUAAUGACUUUAGCAUUAUGGCUUCGAUCAAAACAAGACAGGAGCUGAGUGUUGCCAUUUUCCCUCCUUUAGCGCCGUCAUCAGCUCCAACCCCACCACCUAGCGUCAGCGGAGUGAAUCUUGACAGUACGCCAGCGACAACGGCAGCAGCAGAAGCAGCAACAGCAACAAUAGCAACAACAGUAUCUGUUCCGAGUACUUGGACAUACUCGUUCGCACCUAUGAUGCCAUCGUCGGGACUGACAACAUAUCUUUUGGCUCUUACGCAGGACCUAGGUGGGAUUUGCUCUGCAGGGGCAAGAAGGAUGAAGGGCUUGAGCGCAGCAGAACCAUUACAAUGGCAUCGUGGCCCUAAUACCAACCCUGUAUAUGGUCUAGUCACGCGAAUGGAUUAUGCACGUGCCAACUUUGGGGAGACUAUGACAAAGCGAUGGUUCAAACCUGCCUUUUAUUGGAACGGCAAAAACUCGCCUGAGGAGAUUGGUGGCGGCCCUAAUGGGGGUGUUCAUUCAACCAAGGUGAUGCACAAGGAAGGUCUCUUUUGGCAAACUCGUGAUCGGUUGCGGUUGAGCAAGAAGGAGGGCUCUCCUGCAGAAUCCUAUUUAAUCCCUUUGUCUACGCCGCAGAGGACGUAUGCACUCUGCAUGGUCGAUAAGGAAUCGGUCAAGAUCCUUCGACAACAGGUGGACCAAGGUGAGGAAGGCUCCUUGGCGUUAUGGAGAUACCUGACGGAUGUGCGCAAUCACUUUCAGCCGGGAUUGGCGUCCAAAAAGCGCAAAGCCGGGAUUAAUAGCAAGCAGCAAGCAGUGGAUGACGAUGGAGUAGCGUUCUGCUCUACUAACCAGUGCGGGUUUGAUAUUUCUGAAAAGAUCGUUCACCCGAUCAACUACGGUUAUUUCUCCAAGACUCAGCCUCGUCAGCGAUUCUUCCUUGACACCAAUUCACUGGCGGUGACAAACCAAUGUAUCUACUUGACGCCCAAUCCACUCUCACAGCAUUUCAACGCUCAACCAAGUCCGCCGCUGAUUUACUUUCUUACUUUGCUCAACUCUACCACGCUCCAGUUCUUUGUCUUACAUCAUUGUCAGUACGAUCAGCAAGGGAGGAUGCGACUGUUCCGAGAGUCUAUGGCGAAAAUCCCAUUUCAAGACAGAGAUGUGAAGUACAAUCCGGAAAGGAUGCGAUAUGCGUCUAAAUUAGGAGAGCUCAUGAUUGAGCUCAAAGAUAUUUUGUACGCUGUUGUGGCGAAAUGGCAGCUAAAUACAAAUGUAGAUAGAAACGACCAGCGUCGUCUUGGCCAUAGUAAUGGUAGUACAACCGAUAAUACUAGCGGACAACGACCGCUUGGGCCUACAAGAGCUGAGGUUGGAGAUGAAGGGCUAGGGAAAGCAGUGCGGAUAGGUGAUCGCCUCGUAGAUGGCUCUAUCAGCGCUUCUGUAGGUGUUGGCACCCAUACCACCCUACUGGAUUGGGUUCGUAGAGGUGGCGAUGCGCCAGCGGGGUUAUUGGUAAAAGUCAGAGGACAAAUCCGAAGGAUGCUCUCUUCCGCUGCUGUUGCAGCAAGUUCAUCAUACAGGACGCCGCCCAUAUCCCAGUCCUCAUCCAUGUCAUCCAUCGCUCAUAGUGCUCAGUCAGGCGGGACAUUUGGCACAGAUACGGACUCCGAUACCCGUGCGAGCACAGACACUGAUACAGAAACUGAUGAUAACGUUGAUUCGCCGCGAUCACCGCCAUUACAACGAGCUGAUACUGCUCUUAAUGGGUUGCCGAGCGAAAGUCGAUUGCGCCUCGUAACUGGAUCACAUAUGAAUGACUUGGACAUUAGGUUCUCUGACACUAUGGCGAGCCCAGAAGCCCUGCAGGAUAAUAUGAUUGCCGAGGAAGACCAUUCUACAGAUAUCUACCACCGCCGACUACACUCAUCUGUUUCCUUCACGUCAGAUACAUCCACUCUAGCAACAACAAGCGCUACUCUCUCUCAUUCACAAGCGAUUGCAGACUCGGAAGAGUGCGAGAGGAUCCUACAAGCGAUAGAGCGUGCAGUGACGAUGCUAGAAUUGGUUCAAUGGGCUAUAGACCAAUAUGGAUACAUGCUUUAUGGAAUCAAACCCAAAUACCAGAAGCUGCUAGAGCUAGAGCUUAAGAUUGUGUAUAGCUCUACUAUAGACGCUUUGGUGGCCCCUACGUCGCCUGUUUCUAACCCAAUACCAUCCAAACGCAUGUUUGGCCCAAGACCUGAUGAAACCAUAUCGGAAACUCUUCCAGAUACAUAUAUGGUGAAACAGCAAGAGGAAGUAGAGCGGAGUUCACACCAGUAUCAGCAUCAAGGCCAGCACCAGUUGCAGCACCAACCGCAGUUGCUGGAAAGCGAUUCAGGGGCAUCAAGGCUAGGUAUCGCUAUACCAGGCUUGCAUCGCUGGGACGAGAACAGCUACGAUAGUGAUGAUGACGCAAGGACCGGAGCUGAGCAUAAUGGAGACACAUGUGAUAGCAGCUAUGUUGCUUCUUUCAGCGUUACUUCUACCACUGCACCUACUGCACCAAAAAGUGGAGUGCAUCUUCGGGAACCCGAAAUCCCUGUAUAUGGAUCGUCCAUUCUAGAGAAUGCGCAGAUGACGGUACAGAACCUACGUAAUUUUCUCCAACAAUAUCCCAG